AAGCGACUGAGUAGAGGCUAAAUUUGUAACAUCCAGGUGAGGCGAGCGACGGGCAGCUGCGAGACAGGAAACAACACACACCGACACCACGCAGCCUCAGUGGGUGUGUGACCGUGCGUGGGGUAGGACGUUGCCGCUCUCCUUCUCCUCCUCCCUUAUCAUGCUGACUGCUCGCUGAAGUCCUGCCAUUGAUAAGAGAGAAAUAGUGCCGCUCUAAGGAUUGUACAUGAGCGGCGCCCCUCAUGGAAGCUCUCUGGUGUGGACUUGUUGUAGCUGGUGACGUGAGCUGGACGAGAAGUGUUGGCGGUGUAGUGUUGUGUUGUGUUGUGACAGUGUUGGGAGGGAGAGGGGAGCAAGGCUGAGCUAGGAAGGAGCCCCGAGUGGCGUUCGCUCCUUCGCGGUGAAUAACGUCCGUCCUCCACACACGAAGACUUCUCGAGUCGCUGGAAUUAUGUGGACACUGUCAUGAUGUUGACAUUGGUGUUGCUGGUGGGCGCGGUCAGCUGCUCCCCGGUACCCAGCGAGCCUUCCCUCCAGGCCUCCGCCACCCACCAUGGCACGUCGCCUGCCGGUGCCGCUCCCCUGGAGAUCACCCACGGAGCACAUCAGGUUACCUUUGAAGUGAACGAGGAACUGGGUGAAACUACAGCGUCGACUACCUCUUCAGAACUCUCUGGCGAGGACGAUCCCCCCAUCCCCACAGCCACCACCCCGCCCGUCCUGCCCGAUGGCGACACCCACGCCCACGACGCCCACCCGGCAGUCACCGAGCCGCACCGCACGCAGCCCCACCAGACCCAGCAGCCUCAGCUUAGCCAUGGGAGCCCCCUAGUCAUCCAGCCCCAUGAAGUCCACGACACCCAUCACCAUGAACCAUUCCCACAGUUACAUGUCACUCCACAUCAUGAUCUACAGAGUAAUAGUUCACAUUCAUCACACUCUCAGCCUCAGACUUCGAUCCUCCAAGUCACUCAGCCUAACGCCACCACCUCAGGAGUCACUCACAACCAUAAUCCCGAGGCAAACGUCACUCAGUCUCGUGCUACAGACCAAGAAGCUUCUCCGUCUCAUGAAAGAAGCUCAGAAGAAACGCUGCCUCACAUUCACAAGGUAACAGAGGAAACAAGGGAGACAGUAAAUGAAGAGGCUGCUCCGCAGACUGCUGGGUCCUUGGAAGCUUCCACGGAAAAGUCCUCUUCCUCACGUGAAGCAGUGGAGCACUCCUCUGAACACAAAGGUUUGCAGUCACCGAUAAAACGAGAGUCCACUGAAGCCUCAACCAGCCGUGAGAGCAUUGAGAGAACACAACAGUCCAAGAGCAACUUACAGAACAGCAACAAUGGCAGUGCAGUUCAUCACACCCUUUUCCAUCAUCACCCCCAUGAAGAGGUCGAGACAGUAGUUGAAGCUGACUUACACUCAUGGGAGAGCAGUGAGCACAGACACUUUUCUCCCUCUGCAAUUAAAGCUGCUGCAGAAGCUAAAGUCCUAGGAGAGGAUUUAGCAGGUGAAAGAAAUGAAGGCAUUCGAAAUGUAGCUGCCCUAAAUGGAAGGGUCAGUGAAGCCCUUCAGAUCGGAGAUUCCCAUGAAGAGGGAAAGGAAAAAAUUGAAUAUAUUGACACUGUAGCAUUGUCAACAGAUACAGAGGAGGAUACCACAGACGAAAUUGUAGCUGGAGGGCAGCAAGUGUCAGAAAUCCAGAUUAGUUUGGCAAAAGAUGGAGCACCACAACAUUCUCAUGAGACGACGGGGAAUGAUGGCAAACCAUCCGAGGAAAGAACUGAGGGUGACAUCAAGAGUCAGACUCAUGAACUCACUGAUUCAGUUGAGAAACAGAAGGAAUCUGAUGAAAAUAGGGAGAGAAAGCACACUGGGGAAAUGGAAGAACUUCCUUCACUGGUGAUGGACAGCUCUUCCCCAAUUGACAUAGUGGAAAGAAGUGAAGAGGCUGAAAGAGAAGUGCUAGAAGGAGCUGCUUCUGAAACUGUGGUUGAAACAGCUCCACGAGAGGCAAAGCUCACACCACCAGCAGUAGUUGCUGAGGAAGGCAGGCGUAGAUCUCGCAUAUAUCCCAAGAGUAGUACAGAAGAGGAAUCUCACAGCACGACCCAUGAAGAGGCUCUCAAGGUACAAGACCAGAAAGAAAGUCAAAAUACCAGUGACUCAAAGUUACAUCAGGGUGGGCUGGAAAGCAUGAGCAUGACCUCCCCUAAUCCUGACACACCUCAGGGAGAAGGAACACUUCUUACCGAAGAAGCAGAAGCUACAAUAGUACCACCAGAGACUUUUACAGAAGCUGAUGAUACUCCUGCGGCAGAGGCUGGAGACAAGACUGUGGGAACUGAGGAGGGUUCAGUCCCAGCUCCAAGUGCUGCCCCGCUACCCACUGAGGAUUACACCGAUAACUACAGUGACCCGAUCAGCACAGGGAACCUUCCAGACCUUGUAGUUACUCAGGAAGAGAUUCCCUCCUUAGAACAUCCUCUGACAGACCUCCCACUCCUGUCAACCAGUGACAAAGAGACUGCUGGGGGAGGUAGUCUGAGGAAGGAGGGAAAAGUGGCCUGGGCUUUGCCUCCCCAGCAGGAACAAGUGAGCGCUGUGGCUCCAAACUCCCUCACUCCAGGCUGCAUCGUGGCCAUCGUGUUUGGCGUUAUUCUUUCAGCAGUUGUUGUGCUGGGUAUUGGAGGCUUUGUGGUGUAUCAGCGGCGCACUCUCAACCGACCAAAGGUGUUGGGGUCAGACAGGGGCUACGCCGGAUCAGACUCUGGAGGCUACAUAGACGACCAGGUGCGGGUGUCCUACGUCAACUCUCAAAUUGAUUCACCCAAGGGCCAGACCUACCAGCCCCCUCAGGGAGAGCAGGUGCCACAGGUCCUUAUACAUCUAAGAAGCCUCAAGCCCUCAUUCCCUAAGGGUCUUGCGGCAAAGUUUCCCAAGGCUCUCCCAUCAAUGCCCAAGGUUGCUCCCAUGAACCUUCCCAAAAUUGGCCAGUUCAUCAGCAAGUGGGAGUCCAGAGGAUCUAAUCAGUCUGGACAAUGACUCCUUUCUGAAUAGCUUGGAGUCCAUGACGAUCCAGAAUUUGUGGACUGACAACAUUCGGCACACCAAGUUGUAGCCCUUCUACUCCAGCCCAUCUUUCUCUUGUGCUUGCCAAAGAAAUAGGAAAAAUAUCACAAAAGGUAAACUGUGAGAAAGGUACUUUAUGAUCUUUUUAUAAAACUAGAUCUCCAUUUUCCUUAGCUAAUCCAGCUUGCACAUGGAAGCAUGGGAAGAGGCCAUGAAAUGCUGCUAAUGAUCUCUGAUUGGGUCAGUGCUGUGUGUGACUGUGAGUGAAGUGUCUAUUGUUUUAGGUGAACGUGGAUCACUUGAGUGUGAUGCUUAAGGAUGCAUGUGCAUUCUUAAUUUGCCAGAUAUUCCUCCUGUAAUUUUAGUGAAGUUUUACUGAUUCUAGUUGCUUUUACCAAGUUUUCAAAGUAGUAGAUUAACUACCAUUUUGAUGAUAUAUUCUUAUAAUUUUUUAUACACCAUAUCUAAUGAUGAAAUAUGUUUAGAAGUUUAGAUGUGGCAUAUGUUAUAAUAUGUUGCAAAAAUUAUCAGUAUAUUUUUUUCUGCAUGUGGCAUAAUUAAUUUAUGAUACAAUAUGUAAAUGUUUCCUAAAUUAAUAUUAGUUUUGUGGUAUUUUUAGGUAUUUAAGAAAAUGUUGAAAGUUACUUCGGUUUAAAUUUUUGGCUCCUUUGGAUAAGUGGAUAUAACAGAGGCUGAUGGAGAGGCACUAUGACUGGUGGAAUUUUUAAAAGUUAUUAAAUUACCGAAUUCCACUUCAUCUUUAUUUAACUGGUAUGGCUUUUAUGUGAGUGAAUACCUAGUAAUGGACAGAAAAUUAUUCAUGUCAACAUUUGCAGCUACAUCAUUAUCACCACAGUUAUGAUGCCCAUCAUCAUCAAAGACCAUAUGUUGACUAAGAUUUGAAUGGUAAAUUAAUUGCAUAUUCUUGGAGUAAUUGCAUGAAAUAUGAAAAAAAAUAAUUGCCAUUCAUUUAUUUAUAUAUAUAUAUAUAUAUAUAUAUAUAUAUAUAUAUAUAUAUAUAUAUAUAUAUAUAUAUAUAUAUAUAUAUAUAUAUAUAUAUAUAUAUAUAUAUAUAUAUAUAUAUUAUCAGUGCUUUUCUGGCAGUUGCAUUUCAAAUUCUCAAAAAAGACAAUUCAUGUGGUAUAAUGUUUGAAUAAUAAUCCUAUAAUCUUACCUGUGAUUUUUUCAGGAAGUGACAAAAUAUAAUUUGAUGAUGAAUAUGACUGUGGUGAUUAUGAUUAAGGUGCAGUGGUAAUUAAAAAUAUUAAACAUUGUGUUGUUCUGAUUAAAUUUUCAGAAACCAUUCCUUUAGAGUAACACAGAAUAAGUUCCAUAGCUUUGAAGACAUUUGCAUUUCCCAAAAAAUAUAUAGUAUAAAAAGUAAUGCAAAUUAUCUUUGACUUUAUAAUCAAAUUAAUAAGAUUAUUUUGCACAAUGGUGCUUUGCAAAUAAUCAGUCCCUUCUUUUUCAGUAUCCACCAUUAUUUUUUUUUCAAUAACAUUAUUAACAGAAGGAGCAGUUAGUGUAUAGGCAGUUUAAACAGUUCCUUAAUUAAAGUUAACAUAGUUGAUCGACUCAGAGCUCAGCAAGAAUGCUUUUUUUGACAUUGUCAGUAUAAAAUGCAAUCCCAGGAAAAUCUCAUACCAGUUAUAACAGAAGUAUAUUUGACAUUGUCAGUAUAAAAUGCAGUCCCAGGAAAAUCUCAUACCAGUUAUAACAGAAGUAUAUUAGUCUUUUUUUCCAAAUGAAAAUUAAAUUCAGCCAGCUCAAGGGGAAAUUACAAGGCAACACUGGAUUACACUGAAUCCACAUGUUUUAUAUUUUUUCACUAUAUUGGCAUCUCAGCCACUUGUAAAGAUCAUAAAAAUAUUAACUUAAAUCUAAAAAAUACGUAACUUUAUUCUCAGUGAGAGGAUGAAUGUGAGCAAUUUCAUCAUUCAUGAGUUUCUUUGCCAAAUAAAUAUAAUGUGAUUACCAAGUUUAUAUAUAUAUAUAUAUAUAUAUAUAUAUAUAUAUAUAUAUAUAUAUAUAUAUAUAUAUAUAUAUAUAUAUAUAUAUAUAUAUAUAUAUAUAUAUAUAUAUAUAUCUAUAUAUAUUCAGUGCUUAUGUGUUGUUAAGAUGAUAAUGUGGCUGGUCAGGGAUGGCUCAGUACAAGAAUCAGAGGUGUAUAUGCAAUAAUUUUGCUUGUGAGCAAAGUGUCACAUAGGACACAAGAGCUGUCAGUGUCAAAGCCACAGCUAUUCUGGAGUACAACUGGUAUAGGAGUUAAUCCAUAACUCUGAUGUAAAUAUGGUGCAGUAUGUACACUUAUUACUUGGUGUAAGGUAUCAAAAGGUCUUACUGCUUUUCCAGAACAUAUACCCAUACAGAGGCCAUGUUCAAGGGUGUUUGAUGUAAUCACAUCCUUUGGAGGAGACUUUAAAGCUAAUUGUAUUGUUUCCAUGCUAAUGUCUGAUUUUGUGUGUGCAGGAAGGUGUUUUAUUGAAGGUUGAUAUACAAAUUAUAUGAUGCAUUAAUUUUAAUAUUGUUAUUAGAAUAUAUUACAUCCAUUUAAUUAAUAAUAAUAAUUAUGUAACUUUUCCUUUAUCUCCAAUCACCAUUAUCUAUAUAUUUAUAGUACUUGAAGUGUACAUUUUCCUUCUCUUAAGUUGAUAAGAUUCUUUUAAGUGAAACCAUUUCUAUUUAAUGAAUGUUCCAGUUCAAUGUUCAUAUACUUAUUCCCGCUCCUUCAUGCCUUUUUUCUCGUGUUUCCUGGUGUUUCAAAGGCAUUUUGCAGAGUAAAGAAUGGAAUAUGUAUAAUGACAUGCUGUAGUUGAUCAUUUUGAGACAACUGAGGACUGACUAAAGUGAGCCUAUGAGUAUACUGUAGCAGUAAUGCAUAACUGUAUUAAUAUGUAUAUGCCUGUGUGUGUGGGGGGGGGGGGGGGGGUGAGCAUCAUUUGAUUUUUCUCCAUAAAUGGCAGUAUACUUUAAGAUAAGACAGAUACUUGUUGUGAAGUAAAUUACAUCCUCCAGAUGGUGGACAGAGGGAGUUAGUAUGUUGUUCCUGAAAGAAAACUUCCUCCAGCCUUAACAGCCAGCAUAAAACAGGACAGUCAGUACAAUUUUGUUUUCUAUGGUUGUACAGAUUAACACUCAAUGCUGCAAUAUCCAUCAUCAUGUGCCACAUGUCGGAUGUAUAUGUUUUUCCAUUGUGAUUAUUUUAUAGUUUCAUUUUAUAAGUAUUGCAUUUAGCCACACACUUUUGGAUGACCAAUUGUAUGUAAAGAAAAGGCUAGUCAUAAAAAAUACUAUUAUUAGUUUUCCUUCAAGAAACAAAAGUCAUUAGAAAAUCAUAAAAAAAUAAAUUCUUAGUUGAAGUUUCAAGUUUUCAGUUGGUUUGCUAGUCACGGUAUCUCAAACAGUAACAGAGAACUUUUGACUAGUUGAAAUUUUCCUUCUGCCAUUUAUUGCCUUCACCUUUAUGAAGGGUUAAUGAAUCUAGCAUCACAUGAACAUUUUGAAUCAAGUAUCAGUAGGUUCUAAAAGUCAGCCUGAUUUACCUCAGUUUUAAGUUCUUAUAAGUAAUUUAGUCAACAUAGACUCUAGUCAGCAUUUGCUACUGUGUAUGAUUUCAUGUUAUUUUCAAAGUUAAUUUUAUCCUGGCAUUUGUAAACACUUAGGAUUUUGUAUGGAAUCUUUGAAAACUUGCUCUACAUCUUGCAUAAUUAUUAUAAGAUAUUUGUAUGUUCCAUGUAACUUAAAAUUUAUGAGAUAUAAGAUAUACAUUGUCAUUGACUUCAUCAUGCUAGCCGGAUGUUUGGUUCUGAAGAAGGUACAUAUUCAUUCAAGAAUGACUAGAUGAUUAUGAUCUUAAUUUUUACAUGAAUGUAUAAAUCUUUUAUAUUACACAAGUUGUAAGAAUGUAUUGAAAUUUGCCAUCCUCAUCUCCUAGGAUUGGAAUUGAAGGUGCAACAGUAUACUAAGCAAGCUGCAGUUUUCAGGAGUUGUCAUGUAUCAGACUGCAGUCGUGGCGUGUCACUGGAUAUACCAGUGACCAUGCAAGGUUAACAAGCUGAAUAGAACAGUUCUUGAUAUGUUUUCAUAAUAUGAUGGAUUUAUGAUGUUUUACCUUGUAAAUAUUUAAUCAAGUGGCAACACUAAGUUCCUUUUGAUGUUUUGAGGGUUCUACAUUUUCAAUAUUCUAACAACUGAGCAUUUCCUCAUUAAUGAUAUACAUGUUCUUUGAGAAAAAAUACAGAACAAAGUCCAUACUUUCUAAAGUUUUCUUAAAAGAAAACUCUAACCUUUGAGAGGAAUUAAAAGAUGUGGUGCAAUGCUUCUUUAUACAUAAUGAGGUUGAAGAGUUCACAAAUUUUAUGUACAGAUAUGCAUAUAUUUUUAUUUUGAUAAAUAAUGAGUCAUUCACUAUUUAGAUUCAGGAAGAGGAAAAGGCUGUGCCCUCUUCUAAACAAUGCAGUGUUGUUAAAACUGUUGGUAAUGGAGACUAUACAUAUGGGUUAGGGAGAUUCUUUUUUUGAUCAUUCAGCUGACUGCUCAAUCUAUAAUGAGAUGACAGUGUUGCUAAACAGUUGCCUCAGUCACCCCACUGGUGUGACUGGACAUGGUUCUUCUCUAGGUUCUAAAUCCACAGAAUCAUUUGAUUCUCAUGUUCCUAACUUCUAAAAAAUGCUUCUUCACCAGUGCUGGAUUAACACAAAAAUAUGCCAUUUCAUAGCCCAGUCAUUCUGACAGCUUCCAUAAACCACAGAUACUGAAACUUCUGCGUAAACUAGUGGCAAAAGAGAGAAAUGUAAUUGCACCACAACAUAGAUUUUGUGAUAGAGUGAUGUUUAAAGGCAAGUUUUUAGCAUUGUUGACAUCCCAUUUAAUGGUGAACAUAUUCUCUACGUCCAUAAUACUGCACCAUUUUCCUUAAAUAAGACAGGCUAGUGGAGAAAAAGUGGUGAAAAGAAUGUCAACAAGUGAUUUUGGCUAAGUACAUCAAGAAAAUUUAAAAGAUAACUGUAUAUUAUGAAAGAGUGAAGGCUGAAAAUGGGCUCAAGAGGGCUGGUAAAUGAUUAACUGAAUUAAAAGUUUAUCAGGAAGUUUACAUAAAUCAUGUUAUAUAUUUUUUUUUCUGAAAGUUAGAUUGACUUUUAAUUAGGUGCUGCAUCAUACAUUGCCAGCGAUAUUGUGCUCAUGGCUCAUGUCAAGGUCCGAGUUAAAUUCAUACAGCAUUUGAAUCAAUGUGACCCAUUUCAUUGAAAUUUCUGAUUCCUGCUGUUUUUUCAAGACUUCCAUCUCCAUCCUUCAUAUGUUAAAAGCAAUUAUGAUUGAAUUGACUAAGAGAUAUUUUAUUUCAGACUGAAAUUAUAAUUUCUCUAUAUUUAUGUUUCAUACUCAUGCUUACAUUUUGGUAUCAAAGCUAUUUUAUUAAAUGCAGAAGAAAUUGAAUUAAAAGGCAGUGAUGAUGUAAUGAUGUGCACAGCAUUCUUUUGGUCAUACUAAAGUUUGGCUGAAACAGCUGUUUGCCACCACCACCCAUCUUCCCCUUAGCUCAGAAGGAAAUGUCAUCACAAAGAGAGAAUCCAACCCUUAGAAUAGUCCAUAACACCAACAUUUUCAGCAGCACCAUUCCCAUUGUUCAUUGAAGAGUGUGCCAAAUCCUCUUUGCUGAGUCUUUGCAUAUUUAGAGAAUAUAUGAAAUGUAUUCUCAUGUUGGCUUCCUCCAGUUUAUGUUAAAAGAAACUACUCCAAAACAUUUGCUUCACUUCGGUGAGUACAAAACCUGGGCUUCGACAUGUGAUAUUUACCCGAUCCGAAAUUGCCAUUGACGCUAAAAGAGGCCUCAUAACUGUUCACUUAAUCAUGGCAGCUAAUAUGGAUAAGUAAAUAAGCAAUAGAUUUAAAAAUUAUAUUACCUGACAGCAUGGUGCAGCCCUAAUAUUACAGGGAAAUCAUGAGUUUGAAGUGGCAAAAAUAUGGCUACAUGAUUUUGAGACCACAAAAUAUGAGGCCCUCCAAGUCAGGCAUAAGUAUUCAUUACUAUUUCUAUAUCCUGUUUUUGAUGUUUACAUGAUGUCCUUUUUCAAACCAAAGAUGUAUAGUUUAGAAAUAAAGUUGCAAAUAUUAAAGAUUAUGGUCAUGCA